GUCUCAACGGUGAGACCAGACUAUUCCUGCAAUUAGUAAUUAGAGAGAUACUGCACUUAUACUUAAAGAUUCAUCGCGCGCGCAAUAUCCGCACGGUGUGUAACACUGCACUGAAAUCUACCGCAGACGAAGCCACGUUGGCGAAAACUGUUUCGACCACAGUUAUCCGGACUAUGCAUGCGAAACUUCUGCAGACAGCCACUGAUUACGAUGAAAUCGCAGUUGCCAGAUCCGCAGAGACAGGAGCUCAGAGCAUGACCUUAACUUCAGGCAUGUGUCCGCAGUUUGGCUUGAGAAGAUUGAAUGAAGAUACUUCACAGGAGAAGUUUGCCAAUGGAGAAGUGGGAAGCAAAAAGACAGAUGAGCUUGAAUAA